GUCCAUGCUUGCAUACAAUCAACUGCUUGCUAACUUGUCAGGAAGUUCAUCAGGAAGAAGGAUUAUUGAUGACAGGGACAUGUCACCAUCCACCGCAGUGAGGUUCUCCCCCAGUGAAUGUGUACUGGGAGUCUACCAGGCCACUGCCAUGCUAACGCUAAGACUUUUUCACAAGAGGAACACAGCAUGAGAAUAUUUUUACUUCUAGCUGCCUUAGCUGCAGUAUCACAGGCCCAGACGGACUGCUCUAGGGGGGCUUGUUAUCCACCCACCAAUGACCUGCUCCUGGGCAGAGGCGAACGGCUCCACGCCUCCUCCACCUGCGGCCUCACAGGCUCCGAGGUCUACUGCACCCCAUACCAACAGAGGAGGAUGAAGUGUUGUCCCUGCGACUCCAGGGAUCCCAACGGUCCGCUGGCUCACACCAUCAAGGAGGUCUUGUCCACAUCUGGACCCGAACGGUGGUGGCAGUCCAAGAAAGAGGUUGAUCCGGUCACUCUCCAGCUGGACCUCGACAGUCUUUUUCAGCUGGACAACCUGGUGCUCAGUUUCAAGGGCCCUCGCCCUGGUGCCUUCGUCAUAGAGAAGACACUAGAUAAAGGCAGGACGUGGCAGCCCGUUCUCUACCUGGCUGAAAACUGUCAGAAAUCUUUUCCUCAGGUGUCAACAGCAUUACCUGUUGACCUGGAUCAAACAUACUGCCACACACUGCCCCCUACUGGAAAUGAUCCAUACCAAAAUCACACAGUUCAGUUCAGCCCUCUGCGUCAGUAUACUUAUGUACCCAUUCCCAACAGCCAGAAGAUUGAAGAUUUGUCAGGGAUCACAGGGCUGAGGGUAAAGCUGCUGGAGCUCGGAGAAGUUCCUCAAAUGCCUGGCAGAGCUCUCAGCAAGUUUUUCGCCCUGAGAGACAUGAGGGUCAUCGGCAGUUGUAUGUGCCACGGACACGCCAACCGAUGUCUGCCAGAGGUGUACAGCUACCCACAGUACAACGGCAUACAGGUGAAUCCUCAGUGUGACUGCCAGCAUAACACAGCAGGGAUGAACUGUGAGCGCUGUGCCGAUCUCUUCAACGAUUUGCCCUGGAGACCUGCAGAGGAGGGCAACACCCACACCUGCCAACGCUGUGAGUGCAACAACCAUGCCCAGCGCUGCCACUUCGACCAGGCCGUGUAUGAAGCCAGUGGACGGAGGAGUGGAGGCGUAUGUGAAGAAUGUCUGCAUCACACCACUGGACCGAAGUGCGACCAGUGUGCUCCAGGAUACCAGCCGAACCCCCGCAGCCGCAUGGACCGUCCUGACGCCUGCAUACGUUGUAUCUGCAGUGCUGAGGGUACGAUAAACGGAGGUCAAUGUGAGGACAUCUCAGGCUCCUGUCAGUGUAAAGCCAACGUUGAGGGAACCCGCUGUGACCGCUGCAAGAGGGGAUACUAUGGCCUGAGUGAAUCCAACCCUCUGGGCUGCUCCAAGUGUUCCUGUUCUGAAGACGGCUCAUUGUCUGAUGCUUGUGACCCACUGACCGGACAGUGUCUCUGCCGCCCUCACUUCCACGGACGAACCUGUGACGUUUGCUCAAGAGGUUACUGGAAACCAGCUCUGUCAGGACGCUGUGAGCCCUGCCGCUGUGACCCCACCAGGUCAUACGGUGACACCUGUGACCAGGUGACAGGUCAGUGCGAGUGCAGACCACGCUUUGGAGGCCGAACAUGUACCGAGUGUCCAGAUAACUACUACGGAGACCCUCUUGUUGGCUGCCAACCGUGCAAAUGCAGUGCUGAAGGAACCCUCCCAGAUAUGUGCGACAAGACCACCGGAGCCUGCUUGUGUCGCGCGGGCGUCACAGGGACUCGCUGUGACUCCUGCAGCCGAGGACACUGUAACUCGUUCCCUGCCUGCGAGUCUUGUCCUUCCUGUUAUUUCACCAUGGACGCUCAGAGACGGAACAUCAGCUUGACUCUGGAAAAACUCUCUCCUGGUUUCCCCAUUCCUCCUGGAGGUGCUGGUGAUCCCACAAACUUUGGGCCUCGUAUCCGCGUCCUGGAGGCUAGUCUGAACAGGAUCAAGGACGCUCUGACUCUGCCGCCUGUCAGCAGCAAACAGAUUGAUGAUGCUCUGGAUGAACUGGAGAAGCUCAGGGAUCAGUUGGAUGAAGUCAAUGACAACCUUCCGUCUGUGACCAGAACUCCUGGUCUGGACUCAGAGCUGGACAAACUGAAAGGUCUGCUGGACCGUCUCAGUGUGGAGUACAGAGACAAGAAAGCAGCUAUGGAGAACACCAUCAGUCCUGACAACUUGGGAGCGUUUAAUGCGAUCAAGAAUGCCUACGAUGAGUCUACUGAUGCAGCAAAGAAAGUGGAUGACACCAAAGAUACAGUGCAGGAGUCAGCUGAUACCAGAGAUGAAACCAAGGAUCUGUAUAAAAAAGUGCAGCCAGUCAACACCAAAGACCUGGAAAAACUGAACCAGACUAUGGCGUCUAGACCAGACCUCACUCCUGUAGCCAAACAGGUGUGUGGCAGUGUUCGCACUGAGCCCUGCACCCCUCUGAAGUGUGAAGGUGAUGAUUUGUGUCCACCAGAGGAAACCCCGCCCUGUAAGAAGGGGGAGAAAUGCGUGGGUGCUCUGCCUCUGGGCAAGAAGGCUGACGCCGAUGCCGAGGAAGUGAAAGACAAAGUGGACGAUCUGACCGGGAAGAUCACUGACACUGCUGAGAAGCUUCAGGAAGCACAGGAUGCAACCAAUCAGGUACGGGAUGCUGCAGAGAAACUGUCCAACAAGAUGAAGAAGACAAAAGAUGAGCUGGAGGAAGACUUACAGGACACGCGUGAUGUUUUGAAAGACCUCAAAGACUUCCUGUCAGACCCGACCUCCAACCUAACCGACAUCAAGGAAGUGAGUGACUGGAUCCUGAAUAAUGAACUUCCUGUGGUCGAUCUGACGAAGAAGCUGGAUGAGCUUAAGGACCUGGCAAAAAAUCUGCCUGAUAGCACAGCCGUGUUAAAAGAUGCAGAGCCACAGCUGGAAACGGUCAAGAAACUGCUGGAGGAUGCUAAAGACGCCAGGGACACUGCUCUGGGAGUAAAGGCUGACGUGGACGGGGUGGUGGGAGGUCUGGGAACAGUGGAGGACUCCAUAUCCGAUGUGGAUGAAAAAUUACAAAACAGCAAAGAUGACUUGGACGACCUAAAAUACACUCUGGAUACGGCUAAAGGCCAGCUGACUCCAGCAGAGAAGACUCUGGAUGAUAUCACAGAGCUGGUGCAGCCAUUAAAACCUCAGCUGGAUGAGCUCAAAAAGCUGCUGGACAAUGCGAAAAAGAAGGCAGAUGAAGCAAAAGACAAUGCUGAUGAAGCUAAAGAUGAGGCAGAUACUGGAAAGGAGGACUUGGGGACUCUAGAGGAUAAGCUGAACGAGCUUAAAGAUAAAGCUGGCAGCGCGCCGCCGAGCGAUGUCGGAGAUCGACUGAUGAAGCUGAAGGAUGAUGCUGGAAAACUGUCCAACACCACAGACGACAUAUUAAAGGCUAUGGAAGGUAAAGCAGACGACUUAAAGUCGCUGCAGGACGAGAUCCUUCAGAAGUCGACACAGCUUGAAGGACUUGACACUAAACUUCAAGAUCUGCUGGCACAACUCCGAAAGUUAGCCGAAGACAAGAGCAAGUGCCGGCAAUAAAUCCUCAACCAGCUGCGCCAUUAUCAUUUCAUACCAUCCCUCAACAUCUACUGAUAUGAAACGUGUUCACCAUAGUGCUGUAACUCUUCUCUUUAACAUGGAAACUCAAGUAUUUCAAAUAAGAACAUGGCAGUCUUAACUCUUUUGGAAUGAAUAAGAUAGCAGGAAGGUUUAGGGUGAUAUUAGUGGCUGUUUUUCCUCUCAAAUCUCAAAACUUAUUGUCAAUACUUAAAGAGAAUUUUUAAGCAUCUAAAUACUUUUUGACCAUUUCCACUUUUCUGUAUUCAAACAAGAACUUUCACUCCAUGUAGAGUUAAAGCAGCUUCAACUCAUCCUUUAAACAGCCUUUAAAAAGCACUGAUAUCAUCAGAUUGUGUACAGUAGAUUUGGAUCGAAUCUUUAAGGCAAAGAUGUUAGUUUGUGUACUUUUGUAUUAUAUAUCAACAAAGGAGAACAAGGCUUCUGACUCUCUAAAGACUCGACACUCCACUGUGAAUGUUGCACCAGUUGAUUUUUAUUGGUCAGAAGUACAGAGCAGGUGAAUGUUACAUUAUUUAUUUGUGUAUUGUUUGUUUGAACCCACAGUAUUUAAAUAAAAUUUUGUCCAAACUUUCUGAUUCCUGUUGUGAAAGAGGUCAGCAUUGCUGCCCGCAUUAAAAGCUUUUAGACUACCUGCUGGAUCAGGGUACGAAAGUAUCAUUUAUUUUGAAAGGGCAUUCGACCGUAUGGAGAUCAAGAAAAUGGCCAGCUUCACUAAUUUUUCAUUUCUGUACAGGAACCACUAAACAAAUAAUCAGCACCCUUUUUCCUUUGUGAAAAAGGAGCAUCUCAUGACCCGGAUGUAACCAUAAACCUUUCAAAAUAAAAGCCUGAGUAAGAGAAUUUUUCAUUUAGUUGUGUUAUUUACUUUUAAAUUAAACUGUAAAAGUAGGAACUUUAUCAUCACUGUUGUUACAACUGUCCCCUACUACGCCAACAUGAUAACUCUGAAAAAGAUAAAUGGCAGCAUCUGCAGGUGAUUUAAAAGAUGCUCUCUUUGGCUGGACUUCACCUUUUGAAACCAAUUAAUUAAAAAUGUUCUGUAGUUUUGGAUUUAAAUGAUAUAAUUUCUAAAACUGUAAAUAUUUAAUGUCACUCUUCAGGAAAUCAAUAAAUCUGUAAUCUAUGUUCUUUAUCAGCUAUAAAGAUCUAUCACCACCUCUCAACCACAUCCAAAAAAGUACAAAAUAUAGUCAAAAUAAAAGUGAUUUAUGGAAUGUAUGAGACACCUGUUUUUAACAAAAAAGGAAAAAUGGCGCCAGUUAUUCGUUUUAGUGGUUUCUGUCCAGAAAUAAAAAACGAGUCAGGCUGA